GCUAUUUUUCGGCGGUGGCCUCCGGCGCCGCCUGGCUCAGCGGCGCGCCGCGGUCGGUCGUCAAGGCUCUCCGAAAGUACGGGACCAAUCUUGGCAUUGCGCUUCAGUUGGCGCAGUUUCGGGACGAUGCACCGUCGCAGGAUGCAGCACUCUGGCUUUCCCGAUUUGCAGGGGAGGUGCUCCGUGGCCCAGAGGUGCAGCACCUCCAAGGCUCGGCGGCUUUGCGUGGCAUGCGGCGCCUAGCGCACCGAGUGGAAAGGGGUUCUGGGCAAGCGCUGGAGGAGCUGUUGAAGAAGUCGCAAGAUGCCUCGAACUUGCGCGGGCUUACCUUCGCAGAUGUAGAGGAGAUGGAGACCAUGCUGGAGGAGCUCUACGUUCGGCCCGAUGAGUCUUCCGACGACGGUCCCAAGAACCUUCAGGGCAUGGGCUUCCGAAGAGACCAGGUCAGCGAUCGGGGGCUGGAGGAGCUCAUCGCCAAAGGUCUUAGUGACGAACCACUGCCUGCGGCGCAGGAGCCGCCGCCGACGUGGCCCUCCAAGGAAGAGGGCGGUCCGAAGGCAGCGCUUCAGGCUUCCUUUCGCUGCAUCGGCAAGGAGCUCGGGACCGUGAACGCCAAGUUGGAUGGCGUUUCCUUGGCUGAGCCCGCUGCCAGCGAGCUGGUGCGCGAGGAGGUUUUGCGCCUGUUCGCCUCAGGUGGCAAGCGAUUGCGACCUGCUCUCACUUUGCUCACGGCCGCGGCGACGGGAGCUUCGGAG